AUGGACAGAGCUAAUGGCAGCACCUUCUCUGGGUUCAUUCUCCUGGGCUUCUUCAACAGGCCUCAGCUGGAAACAGCUCUCUUUGUGGUCAUCCUGAUUAUCUACUUCUUGAGCUUCCUGGGCAAUAGUAGCAUCAUACUGCUGUCCAUUGUGGACCCUCGCCUCCACACCCCUAUGUAUUUCUUCCUUUCCAAUCUCUCCUUUAUGGAUCUUUGUUUGACUACUUGCACUAUGCCCCCGACACUGGUCAACUUCAAGGGCAGGGACAAGACCAUCACUUAUGGUGGCUGUGUGACCCAGCUGUUCAUUGCUGUGGGACUUGGGGGAGUGGAGUGUGUCCUGUUGUCUGUGAUGGCCUAUGACCGCUAUGCUGCUGUCUGCUGCCCACUCCACUACAUGAUGAUCAUGCAUCCCCAGCUUUGCUUGCAGCUGGUUGUAACUGCCUGGCUCACAGGGUUUGGCAACUCCAUGAUCCAGACAGCAUUGACCAUGACGGUUCCCCUCUGUGGUAGGAACCAACUGGACCAUUUCUUCUGUGAAGUUCCAGUGAUACUGAAACUGGCCUGCACCAGCAUCUCCAUCAAUGAGGCUGAACUCUUUGCUGUCAGCAUCUUCUUCUUGGUAGUGCCCUUCACACUCAUAUUGGUGUCCUAUGGCCACAUUACUCAUGCGGUUCUGAAGAUAAAGUCAGCCCAAGGGCGGCAGAAGGCCUUCGGGACCUGCGGGUCUCACCUGCUGGUAGUGGUCAUUUUUUUCGGAACACUCAUCUCCAUGUAUCUCCAGCCUCCCUCCAGUUACUCACAGGACGUGAACAAAAGCAUUUCGCUCUUCUAUACGCUGGUGACGCCCCUGCUGAAUCCCCUAAUUUACACUCUGAGGAACAAGGAGGUCAAAAGUGCACUAAGGCGGGUCAUGGGGAGAACCACAGAGACUUAA